AUGUCGAAUUCAAACAACAACCUCAUAGCUGUUGAGUGGAGCAGAGCUGACCUGGGAGAAAAAUAUGUGCUUUUAUACCGGGACGGGCACUUUGAGCCACGCAACCAGCAUCCAUCUUUUAAGAACCGGGUGGAUCUGCAAGACAGACAGAUGAAGGAUGGAGACGUGUCUUUGAUUCUGAAGGAUGUGACGAUUGAUGACACUGGAACAUACGAGUGCCGUGUCUUCGUGGGAGAAACAAGCCCAUGGAAGUCCAUCAGCAUCAUCUACCUGAGUGUUGUUGAUCCUCCAGGUCAGCCAGGAGGAGACUCAGAGGAUGGAGGGAAGGAGGCUGGAGGGAAGAAGGAAGAAGGGAAGGAGGCUGGAGGGAAGGAGGAUGGAUCUGUUGGACUGAUUGUUGGCCUGUCAGUUUCUGCUGUGCUUCUUGUUGCUGCUGUUGUUGGUUUUUUGAUCUACAGAAAACAUAAACAACAACAGAGUCAGGAUUCACAUAAUCCUCCCACGGAACUCCAGCCUGAAAUUUCUGAGAGCUUUCUACAGCUGACUUCUGAAGCUCCCACUGACAAACAAAGAGACAGAAAUGACCUAAAAACAGACAGCUGUCACCAACACUCCACAAGGAUCCCCGAUGUCACUUUGACAGUUGAGGAUGAACUACUUCGUCAUCCUCGGCCUCAGCAAACAGCAGGACUGCUUCCAGAGAGGGACAUCAGUGUGUAGUAGAUAAUGUCUGACAGCAGUCUGAAGAGGAAAUGGAUUCUGUUCUGUUCUUCACUCAUUUCUUUCUUUUCCUGUUUUUGGCGGUGAUGGUUUUUUUUAUGAUUCACAGCACUAAGAGAACAAACGACACACUGUUAAUACCAACCUCCUGAUGAAGGAUGUUUGAAAUGUCUCAGAGCUGUCUCAUGUUUCUCUAAUAAAACCACCAACAAUUAACCUUAAA